AUGUACAAAGAAGGGUAUAAAGAAGAGAGAGCACAGCAGGAUGCCCUCAGGUCGCUGGAGGCGGACAAGAGUAUCGUGAACCUACCGGCAGACAAAGGGCGAUCGACGGUUAUACUUGACAAGGCCGAGUACCUCCAGAAAGCCAAUUCCUUGCUUGAGGACAGGCGAGCGUACGUCAAGUGCGAUGGAGACCCCAUGAAGAAGCUGGUGACGCAAAUAAGUACGACGCUCACCAUGGUACAAAAUAAUGGCGCGAUGACGAGGGCAGAACGACUGGCCACCAAACCGACUGAUGCUGCCAUGGCAAGGUUCUACGGGCUGCCCAAAAUACACAGAGAUGGUGCCCUACUUUGUCCCAUCGUAUCCUAGCGCGAGACACCCACAUUCAACCUGGCCAAAUGGAUGUUCCGACGCCUGAACUGCCUCACCUCGGACUCCAACACGACGGUCCGCUCCUCCGUCCAUUUCCUGGAAAGACUGAAAGGCCUGCAAAUUAACACAGACGAGGUCAUGGUGUCGUUCGAUGUAACCUCGCUUUUCACCUCGAUCCCAAAGGAUUUGGCAGUUGAAACUGUCAGCGACCUCCUCGACAGCCAAUACACGGAGGCAAACAAUGCUCCUAGGCGGGGGCACCUGGUGUAA